CUUCAUCCCUGCGCGUGUCGGGGAGAAAGGGAAGAAACGACCACGUUUGCUUUGGGACUCGAGAAGAGAAGAGAAGAGAAGCCGAAGCCCCAACUCUCUUGGAUUCGAAGGUAAUCGGAAACAAUGGCGAGAGCGUUGUCGAGCAUGGUGCUGAAGGGCAUCGCGGGUAUCCCAGCCGCCCGUUCCAGUAGAAUUGUCUGCGGAUCCUUUUACGACAAUGGGAUGAGAUAUUCAACUACUGUGCCCAGUGAUCCUGACACACACCAAGAUUUUAGACCCACUAAUAAGCUCGAGAGUGGUGGCGUUUCUUUGAAGGAUGUUGUUGAGCAGGAUGUUAAGGAAAAUCCGGUAAUGAUUUACAUGAAAGGGGUUCCUGAAUUUCCUCAGUGUGGAUUCAGCUCACUGGCAGUUAGAGUCUUAAAACAAUAUGAUGUUCCUUUGAGUGCUAGAAAUAUUUUGGAGGAUCCUGAGCUGAAAAAUGCUGUAAAAGCCUUCAGCACCUGGCCCACUUUUCCGCAGAUAUUCAUCAAGGGAGAGUUCAUUGGUGGGUCAGAUAUUAUUCUCAAUUUGCACCAGACUGGUGAACUGAAGGAAAAGCUGAAAGAUGUUGCAGCUAGCCAGGAGAGGUCUGAAUAACUUCAUUGAAUCUGAGUAGAGUUAGAGGUCACUAGAACCUUUUUCAUGUUAUAAUCUUGUAUUAUUGCUAAUAAGUUACAAGAUAUGAGGCUUUAUGCCUAGUUUUUCCGCAGGGUAUUAUAUGAUAAAAGCUUGAAUCGUUUUCCCACA